AUGGAGAGCAAGGCUACAGAGGAGGUUAGGGAGGGCCCUGACCAUGAUUCCAGGCAGGCUGACUCCGUGGAGGAAAGCCCAUUGACGAGCCCAGCCGAGAGCCCCUUGGACCAGCCCGAGAAUGUCAUGGUCGCUCCCACAGCACUCCCGUCCCUUCGGACCGUUUCGCACCCCAUGACCCCGUCGUCGACCCCUCUUGGGCACAUAAAUGCAGCCAGAAGACCCGGUCCGGGCGUUGCAGCGGGCCAGUCGAGCGGUCUGACGGAGGACAUACAGGCGAAAAUGAAGGCGUUUUCUCUUUCACGACAGGGCGCGCGGCCAACCCAGACCCCUCGAGGUAGCGGUGGGGCGGGAGGAACAAGUCCAGUGAUAAGCCCAGCAAAGGGUCCGUUGAUGGGUGGAAUAAACCCUAAUGUCCUAGGAGGAACGCCUACGCUCGCUGGUCGUCUGCCCGGUGGGCUGUCAAACGCAAGGCUCCCGCCAACGGGACGACCCGCGCCGGGAAACUGGUCCUCCAUGCCAGCCGUGGUCGGACGCAAUCCAUCAAUGGCUCCGAACCAGCCAGGCGGCUUGGCGGCGAAGCGUGGCAUGAAGCAAGGUAUGAAACUUUCUGAUGCUGGAGGUCCACCCCGGCCGACAUUCAAAGCACCGGCCAGUUCACCAAAUGUGUCCGGGGCUCAAUCAAAUGCUCAGUUCGCGGAGACGCAGUCUGGGUUCACUAAAUACUCUGAAAUCAUCGACACCCAGACGGGCACAAUCAAGUUCAAGGAUAAAGCGGUCAUCCAUGGUGGUGGUAUCGAUUUCACCGGAGGUCGCAGCUUCAAUAUCUCUCUGGAUGACGUGGAGACGUUGGAUGAGCUGGGCAAAGGGAAUUAUGGUACCGUUUACAAAGUCCGCCAUUGCCGGCCGCGCAUUCGAAAACCUGGCGUUGGACUGAGAGGGUCUAUGGCAUCGCAUCAGUCUGAUACUGGCCCAGUGCUAGAGGAGAACCAACCGAACAAGCUGUCAAACGUGGUCAUGGCAAUGAAAGAAAUUCGCUUGGAGUUGGAUGAGGCCAAAUUCUCUGCCAUCAUUAUGGAGUUGGAUAUCCUGCAUCGCUUAAAGAUAUGUGACUUUGGUGUCAGCGGAAACCUGGUCGCGAGUAUCGCCAAGACAAAUAUCGGAUGUCAAAGUUAUAUGGCUCCGGAACGGAUAGCUGGUGGAGCCCCGUCUGCUGGAAGCGAUGGCGGAUCGUACAGCGUGCAAAGUGAUAUUUGGAGUUUGGGACUGUCCAUUGUCGAAUGCGCUAUUGGACGCUACCCUUAUCCUCCCGAAUCUUACAAUAAUAUUUUCAGCCAGUUGAAUUCGAAGGAGGAGUGGAAGGGGGCGCAGCGGCCCAAACUCUUGCGAAAGAAGAACCGGGGAAGAGCACAUUACCCGCGGAGUCUUUUGACACUGCUGAUGAAGAAGUCGCUGCAUGGGUUAAAGAGGCCGUGUACAAACGAAAAAAUGGCACAAUGGGGGCCCAUGCUCAGCCGGCACUUCAUAAGGUCGCUCUUGACGCAGUGCCAGGCAGUCCGCUACUCGAUAAUCCGUCUCAAGUGGCGCCCUUCCCAAGAUAGCCCGGCAACAAAACGCAAGAGUGACGAAACCGUCUCUUCGCCGCCACUGAAGGGUUGA